AAAAGAAGUAGUGGAGUUAUACAUUCGUGUAGGCAGCACACCCGUGUACGUCAUGGUAUAGUAUCUUGAUUCCAAGAGCUUGCAGGUUUGUGGAAUAUUAAUUCGUCAGAGGUCGAACCAGCAACGCGUCCAACAAACCGUGUAUGUGCGUGUUUUUUUUACUCCUCUUUUCUCUCUCGGUCUGUUCGCGGUCAAUUCUACAUAAUUUACCUCGAUCGUCGUGAUAAAUUCGCGUUUUUUCACUAUUCUCGGCUCACUUAGUGCGCGACGUUGGUGUGUAUUUUCCACCGAUGUAAACAAGCCGAAAUAGCGGUAAAAAUGAGCGUGAAAAUUUUCCUCGUCGCAGCCAGAGUCGCGAUAAGAAAUUCGUCCUAGUGGAGAAAAUUUUGGUGCGAGCUUCGCCGUUUUCUAUUGGCUGCGUUUUGGCGGCUUUUCGUUGUGAUUGUUUUGUCCAGUUUUCGUUAUUUUCAUUGGUGUUUGUUUCGAUAAUAUACAUAUAAGUAUUUCGCUUCGACGCCCAUAUAUUGAAAAUGGGCAAGUUUUUUCACCUUUGCGUGAUCGUUUGUUUGUGUUUAACGCGAAGAUUUGUGCACGCCGAAGAGACCGGCGCAACGUCCAAGUGCCAGCUCAAUGCGAACGGAGUUGUUGGCCCGGAUUGCAAUCUAAAUGCAACCACGACAACGACAACUUCAUCUGCAUCACCUUUGCCAAAAUCUGCAUCCGGUAACGGCACCGAGAAUGGCCGAGCUCGAGCUAUGAACUACACGUUAUCUUUUCAAGACGCUAUGCGAAGUAAUGGCCUAAAGGUACCCGGGAUGGAUUUCAAAGAGCACAGCAUCGAUGACGUUUCAAUGGAUGAGAUGAACGACGAUAGUAAUCUAAACUAUACCAGUCUGAUGAGCAAUUUUCACAACAUGAUGAAUGUAUUGCCCAUGGUUAAAAAUACCACCGCUAGUACUUGCACCGACAACAACAAGACUUAUAAAAUAGGCGAAAAAUUCAAUAAAGGCUGUAACGAAACUUGCCAGUGCGUAAAACCCAACGAAAUUAUGUGCGGUACGAUUUGCAAACCACCGUAUCAAGUUAAAGGUCGUAAUAAGGAUCCGUCUUGUAUUGAGGUUCCAGUGGAUGGUAAUUCUUGCUGCGUCCUGCUCAACUGUCCUGCUAUUCAAGAUCUCGAAGCUGAACCAAUCGAAAGCUGUUACCAUAAGAAUGAAACUUACAAACGAGGCAGCACAUUCAACGACACUUGCGACGUUUGCAUUUGCGAAGCUGGCGGACGGGUCAACUGUAAAAGCAGAUGUCCACGUCUUCAAAAUGCAACUGGUAAUUGUUUAGCUGUCCAAGAUCCCGAAGAUCCAUGCUGCAAACGAAUCCUUUGUGAUGUCGAAGAACACGACGUCAAUAAGGUUGGAAUUACAGCUUCGGACGAAACCGGUAUCAGCAGCAGUACCACAGAUAAUCAAAUAAUAUCUGCAAAGGCUCUAAAUGGCACCUCGGUAUCAUUGACAUUCGCCGAGAAAUCCAAAGACUGUAACGUCGAAGUAAGUGAAAACGGAGUCGAUUGGAACAACAUGGAAUGCGUCGAGAACACCAUCGGUGGUCUCGAACCGGGUAAAAAAUAUCAAUUCAGGUUGAAAAACACAGCAUCCAACAAAGUCGAAGUUACUCUGCCACGCUCUCCAAGUCUAACCAACUCCUCGCUGACUUGUUCCUUUAAAGGAAAAACAUACAAUAUAGGCGAAGAAUUCCACGACGGUUGCGACGCUUACUGUAUUUGCGAAACGACCGGAGUCGAUUGCGCACGAAUCGAAUGUCCGACAGAUUUCGGACUCGAUGUCCUCGAUCCACAAUGUGUAAGCUGGGAAAUGCAUCCUCCAGAUUUCACUCCAACCCCACCAUACUGCUGUCCAGAUAAAAUACGUUGCAAAGAUAACGGAUCGUGUAUGUAUAAUGGCGAAAACUACCCCAACUGGUCCGAGUUACCGGUAAAAGCAACAGGUUGUGAAAACCGAUGUUAUUGCGAAAUGGGAAAAGUAUCUUGUUCGCCGAUGUGUGCGAAGAUCUCUGAUACACCUCCCAAAGAUCUCUUAUGUCCUCCCGAACAAGCAGUUCUGCAAAAGCCCCCAGACGAUGAGUGCUGUUUGCAUUGGACUUGUCCUCAUGUCGGUAGACCAGGAAAUGAGACGAUAAAAUCAGAGAAAAAGGAACACGCUACUAACACAUUAGAUAAUACUGAAUUUACCCAAAAUGAAAACAACUUCACGAGCACAAUAUACUCGACAGAUGAAACGACCAAACCGAACUCAAUCGAUCGUUUGACUACUGUAACUUACAACACUAAAAAACCGCUAACUAACUCCAAAAACACAACCGAUAAAAAAGAAUUCUAUCCGGGACCGUUCAGUCCGCAAUACUUUGCUAAAAAUGAAAACUCGAGUAUGGAAAAAUCGACCAAGAAACCCAACCAUGGAAUGUUGGCCGAUCUACUGUCACCUUUCCAUUUGGAGAAAUUCGCUUCGGAGAUAGAGAAAAAUAUACAUUCCAAUGACACCUCGUCGAUGAACAAGAAACCAGGUAAAAAACCAACCGGUACCAAAGGUUAUGCUCACAAUGAAGAGGAAGAAGAAGAGGAGGAUGAGGAAGAUCAUUACGAUGAGAAAAAUCAAUACGAAGAUCUGUUCACUGAUCUAUUCGAUCCAAAGAACAAGAAUAAGAAUUCUUCGAAGCAUUCCAUAUGGAACAUUAAACCACCGGAAAUUCCACCUUUUGUGAAAAAUCCGAAUUUGCCGGAAAACGAAUACGCUAAAGAGAAAAGUACAACGGAAUCUAUUAAACAUUCGGAAACACCGGGUGAAUUUCCUAAGAAACAUAUACCCAGUGGUAGCAAGGACAGCAAUAAGAAACAAAAACCGCAAUUCGAUCAAGAUAAACCUUACGAUGUGAAGAUCAGCGAACAAAAUCCCAAUAACUUUUUACCAUAUCCGAAUAUACCUUACACAAUACCAGAUAACGUGUACCCGAAUGUGAAUCCUCACUUGAAAUACCCUCCUUCUGAGAUCCUUAUCCAUCAAGCUCCGCAGAAUCCAAAUCUGGGUUACAACAACAACAAGUACAAACCGACACCGAUCAACGAUCCAAAUCAAUCCGAAGAAUUUUACCAUUUAAUCGACAACGAUGCUUACAACGAUGAACAAAUUCGCCAAAAUUUGCAUUACGGUCAGCACGAAAUCCAUCCUCAGUUCGGUCACGUGGUUAAGUUGACCAAAGACGGUGUCAGGCUGCAAAAUCCUAACGAACCGAAUACUCCGCUAAAUGUCGAAGAAGUACUAACUCAUUUACAUCACGAGACUAAUAAUAACAACGUGCAUUUACCAAAUAUAUUACCAGGAGGUCCACCUCGUCAUCAAGUUCCAAUACAUAAUUUCGGAUACCAAAACUACCACGAAACGUUGAACGCUGAUCAAACGUCGCAUCCGUUAUUAUUACAACCAGAGCUGCUCAAUCAGCAUAACAACACAAAUCGAGAUGAAGUAAAAAUCCAUGUUCUGGAGGCAGUCGAUGAAAGUACAGUUAAGCUCGUAUUUUCUGUACCUCAAGUGCUAGUUGGAUUACAUGGAAGAGUAGAAUUGCGUUACACUUCUGACCAACAAAAUAACGAACCAUCAACUUGGGAACACCAAAUCCUUGCUCCACCUGAUGAUCUGAUCGCCACAGCCGAAUUAGAAUUCGAGUUGACCGGUUUACAACCAAAUACCACUUACAAAAUAAAAAUUUCAGUCGUAAUGAGCGAUGUUGGUAACGCUCCUACCAGUAAUAUACUUAGCAUUAGGACACCAGCUUCUGCUCCUCUAGCAACAACGUUACCACCGAUUAUACCUGUUGAACCAGAACUGAGAGCUAUUGAAGUAAAUGCCACUUACGUUAAAGUUGGCUGGCGAAUGUUUAGUGAUACCGAACUUCAAUUCAUCGAUGGAGUUCAGCUUAGAUAUAAAGAGCUUGAUGACAAAGUUUACGCUGCUACACCUUUGAUCCAUCGAGCUGUGACCACUUACACGAUAGAACAAUUAAAACCCAACUCUAUUUACGAAAUUGGCAUAUUCUUUAUUCCAUUCCCUGGCCAAACCACCGAGCUCCAAGCUCAAAAAACCAUACAAAUCAGAACUGGAUUAGAAUUUGAUCCGUAUAAAUUUGAUAUUAUGGUGGAAGUACACCAUAUUAAAGCUUCAUCUAUAGAAAUAACUUGGUCCGGAGUACCGUAUCCGGAAGAUAAAUAUGUAAAUAUUUUCCGCGCUAUUUACCAGUCAGACGGUAGUCGAGAAGAUUUUAGUACUUUUAAAGUAGCUAAACGAGAUUCGUCUCAAAAUAUAUUAAUUCAAGAUUUAAAACCAGGAACGAGGUAUCGUUUAUGGUUAGAAGCCUAUUUAACUAAUGGCCGAACUAAGAAAAGUAACGUAAAAGAUUUUAUUACAAAAAUUGGACCUGCACUUCCACCUUCUACUAGUCAAGGUAAAUUAGAAGGUACGCCGUUAGUAGAAGCAAAUACCUAUUACGGUCCAUUGGUCGCAGUUUCAAUAUUAGCUACGAUAGCCAUUACGUCAACGAUAAUAUUAAUAUUAAUAUUAGCCAAAAAACACGGAACGAUAAAAGCGCCGAUAACGACUCCAAUUAAUAGAAAAAAUAACACAUCGGCCGCUUACGACAACCAAGCUUACAAGGUAGACAUACAACAUGAAACAAUGGACUUAUGAAAACGAUCGUAACGGCGCGAAGGCCGGUUCAAUCGCUUUAACAGUGUUUCCAAAAACACACGUUGAAAAAGAAGCUUAACAGUAUUAAAAAAUUGUGUAAUGUACAUGCGUCCUAUGUAUUAUUUAAGUUUGACAUCUCGAUUCGAGUAUUAUUAGCGAUACUUAUUUCAAUUGUGCAAUAAUUUUUCUCCUUUUUUUUAAACUCAUUUUGUAUAUAAUAUUGACUUUUUUGUAAAUUUCAACAUCUUUAUGACUAGUCCAAAAUGGAUUAAGAUUUUUUUUUCUCUUGUGUAAAUUAUUGAACCAAAUUUUUUAAAUCUUUGCCAUAAUUUUUUUUCUCGUAAUUUUAUGUGUAUGUUAUAUUUUGAAUGUUAAUGUUUUGUUUUAUUGGUAGGUAGUUUUUUUUUUGAAUAAUUUUUAUGACGAAUUAAUUUUUCACUUUGAUGAUAUUUUUAUUUAAUAACGAGCGUGGAAGAAAGUUAAACUUAUCAGUACUGCCAAAAUACUGUUUAUAUGAGUGAUAUUAAAUUUAUAAUGCAUUUAUUAUUUAAAACUAAUUUAUAGGUUUUGUUCUGUAUUUAUUUUUUUUUACAAAGAUAAUUUUUUCUCCUUUGUAUCAAGUGUAUAUAAAGAUGUCGUACGUUUUA